CAAACCGGUUCAUUGUUCAUCAGCGGUGGAAUUUACCGGUCGGGCAACGACCAAACUGCGGCAUUUCGAUGAACGAUAAUACGCUUAAAUCAAUCCCAAAGAAUCUUGUCCCGGAAAAUUAUCUCACCCUAGCGAACGAUGCACGCGUGGAGCGUGAUAAACAAAUCAAACUACUGCUCGAACAGCGUAAAUUACCGGCCUCGGGAUGGUGCGAACCGAUGAUCGAACACUGCAUCAGCGAGCUGGCAUUGCUGGACAGUAACAAUUUCCCCACACGAUGCGGCAUGGGCGAACGGGAAGGACGGAUCGUUUGUGAUCUGGUACGACGGAGACAUUACAACUUUUCUCACGGUAUUGGACGUUCCGGAAAUCUGACCGAUGCACAACCCAAAGCAGCCGGGUCGACGAUAAUGGCAAAUUUAACCAACAGCUUGGUGCGGGACUGGAUCCGUACGAUUGGCAUUCCGUCCUGUGGCCACGCGAUCGUUGUCCCGCUAGCUACAGGCAUGACUGUGAUGCUCACUUUACGCGCCAUUCACGCCAGCAGGCCUGCGGCACGCUACGUACUCUGGUCGCGAGUAGAUCAACAAUCUUGCUUCAAAAGUAUCAUAGCCGCUGGACUUACACCCAUCGCGAUCGACAGUUUACUAGCAUCGGAGAUUAACGAAAAUGGGGAACAACCGCAAGACGCGAAUCCUACGUUUGCCACCGAUCUGGCAGCAUUUGCUAAGCACAUUAACCAGCUCGGUGCUGACGCGAUCUGUUGCGUGCUAUCAACUACGAGCUGCUUUGCGCCACGCAGCAGCGACGAUGUGAUCGAGCUGGGCAAGCUGUGCAAAGCGCACAGCAUACCGCACGUGGUGAACAAUGCGUACGGUUUGCAGAGUUCGUACUACUGUCAUCAGCUGAAUCAAGCGGCCCGAACGGGCAGAGUGGAUGCUUUCAUACAGAGCACGGAUAAGAAUCUGCUCGUUCCGGUCGGUGGUGCUAUAGUGGCAGGAUCCAGUGCCGAUACGGUCGAUGCCGUGGCGCGACUCUACCCUGGCCGUGCCUCCGGUACGCAGCAUUUGGAUGUACUCAUGACGCUGCUUUCCCUGGGACGGAAUGGCUACAGCGAUCUACUAAAGGAACGAAAAGAAGCUUACGCUGUGCUGUUGGAAGGAUUGGCGAAUCUUGCCAAAGCGCACAACGAACGUGUUCUGCCCUGCCGCAAUCCCAUCUCCAUCGCCAUGUCGCUGGUGACGUUUGAAACGACCACAUGCCGGCUGGAAAUGAUCGGCUCCAUGCUACAGAAACGUGGCGUGUCCGGCUGUCGGGUGGUAAGCACGACCGAUAGCAAAACCAUCGACAGUAGCGCAUUCCAGGCAUGGGGCUCGCAUAGCUCGAAGGCCAGCGUACCAUACCUCACGGCGAGUGCGUCCCUGGGCAUUAAGUCGCACGAAGUGGCGAACUUUCUUGCAAAGUUGGAUGAAGUUCUGCAUUGCCGUACAGCUUGUAGCAGAGAUGGCCUUAGGGAGACGACAGUCUAAGCUGGGUAGGUUGGUCUGUGUUGUCUUUUCGGUGAUUUUCGUUUCCAUUUCUCCACUCAAGGUGUGCCCAUUGGCUACCAUCUGCUGCCGCACGGAACAAACUCGCGUUAAUCAUAUCCUCGAAUCCUCUGGAAAAAGAACCGAAAACCCAAACCAAUGAUCGUGAUGAGGCAUCGAAGCAGCACAUGCCAACUGGCGCAAUGAAUUUCACCGACCAAGAUCGCGACCAUGUUAAGUGUCCCGCCGCACGUCCCGAAAAAAAAACGCAUAAAACCAUCCACCAGCUGCCGAGAAACAGUGCAAUCCCGCCGUACGAUUAAUAGCUUUAUGAUAAUUGGGCAAAAGCAGCACACGUUGGUCGCGCUGCUGCUUGCACUGGCUGCUUGAUCAUCCUGCUGGUUGCAAUUAAUUUUGUCACCGAUCGUGUGCCACUUGAUCGCGCCAAACAAACAUGACAAUUAAAAGCGCCGUAUGUGUGUGUGCAUGCUACGACGUACCGUUAUGAAUUUGGCCAGGUGCCUCGUCUUUCAGUUUUUAAACAGAAUCAUGUUUGAUUUGCUCUCCAAAUGUAGAGAAGGUCUUUUCAGUGCACGAAG